GUUCAUUAUCCCGCGGAUCAAACCGCAGGAAUAUCCGCUCUUCAUCCCCAUCAGGAGAAGGAUGCGAUCAGAAAUGUGACGGAUCGAUGGGGGCUGCAGUUUCACAGUUUUCAUUAUUAAUAUUAUUUAAUAUUAUUUAAUAUUCAUCUGUUUCUCCGCAGACAGGUCCGGCCGGUUCGUGUGUCUGUGAAAGAGGAAGGAAGGAAGAGGGUGGGCUUCUCGUCAGGAAAGCGGAGAGAGAGGAGAGGAGAGAGGAGUUGGGAGUUUUUAAGCAUCUGGAAAUCUGGCAGGACUCGCUGACAGAACGGAGGAAGAGGAGAAGAGUUGGCGCGAAAAGAACAGAAAAAGAUAAUUUAAAGAAGAGAGAAGAAGUGGAGGAAAUAAACUAAGGUUUUUUAUUUUUUUCCAGACGGGACGGGACUGCUUGAUUUGAGCYGCGGGAAUGUUACCGGUGAUUCUGACGGUUUACCUCAACGAUGCCCAGCAGAUGCUAACCGAGGUCCCGGUGACCCCGGCGACCAGAGUGGUGGAUGUGGUGGAGUACUGCAAAGAGGCCGGCGAGGGGGAGUGUCACCUGGCGGAAGUAUGGAACGGACAUGAGCGGGCCCUCCCUCAGGAGGUGCUGCUGUUGGAUCUCCUGCAGCAGUGGGGAGCCAGGAGGCCGGAGGUCAGCUUCUACCUCAGACACUGCCCKCCCUGGACACCAGGAAAUCAGCAGCUUUCAGAGCAGAGCUGGACUACAGAGGCAGCAGAGAGCGGCACAGAUAAGGUUCCUCGAGUGGAGCUGACCCUCUCUGAGCUCCAGGAAAUGGCCACAAGACAACAGCAACAAAUAGAAGCUCAGCAGCAGAUGUUGAUUGCUAAGGAGCAGAGACUGAGGUACCUUCAGCAAGGAGGCAGGUCGAACCAAGGACAGACUCAGUCUGAAGCUGAGAAGUUGCAGCGGCUCAAAGAGCGCGUGGAGACACAGGAGGCCAAGCUGAAGAAGAUCAGAGCCAUGAGGGGCCAGGUGGACUACAGCAAACUGAUCAACGGGAACCUCUCUGCAGAGAUCGACCACAUGAGCAACCUGUUUCAGGAGAAGCAGGCGGAGCUGCAGUCUGCCGUGAUCAGGGUCGACCAGCUGACUCAACAGUUAGAGGAUCUGAGGCGAGGGCGCCUUCAGCUGCCCUCCGGGACCCUGCCUCAGGGGGCUCCUACCGGCCACAGAGCAUCCCCGCUGUCCGGCCCUGCAGCCGUGGAGCUGAGGAAACUCUACCAGGAGCUGCAGGCUCGUAACCGUCACAAUCUGGAGCAGAGCAGCAAGUUGGCCCAGAACAAGGAGCUGCUGAACAAGAGGAACGCCCAGGUGACCGUGAUGGACCAACGCAUCUGUGACCUGAGAGAGCGCCUGCACAAGAAGAGGGCAGAACUGAGUCGGAUGAACGGUGGAGCCCCCUCCUCCCCUCAGACAUCUCCCCACUCAGGCGGGGGGGUUUCAGGUCGGGUGGCGGCCGUCUGRCCCUACAUCCAGGUUCCAUCGGACGGGAGAGCGGACCCUGGGUACCCCCUGCCUGCUGACCCACCACCCAAACCCACUCCACUCAACCACAUUCGCUCCCUCUCAGAGGAGGACAGGACUGGCACCAGGAAGCCUCCCGGCCAGUGGAGAGUUUCAGAUUUAGACAUCGUCCUGUCAGAGCCCACUGAGACGUGGGAGGGAUCUGGAUCCCCUCAAGGAGGGGACGGUAACAACCCAAAUGAAGCAUCAUGGCCGAACAUCAGUAAAAGCGGACCAGAUUGGAGGACCUGCAGUCCAGAACAGCUUCCCUCUGGUUAUGGGACGUACCCCAGCGCCUCCCAUCAGGCAGCGGGGCAUCACUGCGCCACCAGCUCUCUGCCGCGUUCUGCCCCCGGUACACUGGGCUGGCCCAGAUCCACCCCGACUUCUUCAACCCCUUCCUCCUCCCCGCAGCAAAUCCAGCAGCGUAUCUCCGUCCCUCCUAAUCCAAACCAAAGUUCUGCCACCUCCACGCACUCCCCUCAAACCGAGCGCACUGACCCCCCUCCAGCUGUGGCCGUGCGCCCCUACGUCCCGGACCACCCCUCCAGGCCGCAGUCCCCCAGGAAGGGCCCCCCCACCAUGAACAGCAGCUCCAUCUACAGCAUGUACCUCCAGCAGCCUCAGGCCAAAAACUACGGCUCUCUGAGCAACAGAACGGCCGUCAAAGCAGUCUACGGUAAACCCAUCCUCCCCACCUCCUCGUCGUCUCCGUCCCCCGUCCCUUUCCUCCAGGGAGGAGGAGGAGGAGUGAAGGCGGCAGGCGAGGAAGGUAAAGAUAAAGGAGGAGGAAACGGCGAUGGACAAGCUCCUCCUCCGCCUAACGUGGACAACAUCCCCCGUCCCCUCAGUCCUACCAAGCUCACACCGAUGGCUCACUCUCAGUUACGAUACCAGAGCGAUGCGGACCUGGAGGUUCUGCGCCGGCGCCUCAGCAACGCUCCCCGGCCCCUAAAGAAACGCAGCUCAAUCACUGAACCRGAGUGUCCAACGGGGCCAAACAUCCAGAAGCUUCUCUAUCAAAGGUUCAACACGUUGGCAGGAGGUAUGGAGGGCGGCUCAGGUAACCCUUUCUACCAACCUGACUGCCUAUUGGGAGACAUGGACAGCAUCGGCUCAGCCAAUGGGAAUGUUGAGUCCGGCGAUAAGAAGGUCGUCGCAGCGGCGACGGAGGCUGAAGACCCCCGCCGCUCGUCUCCCCCCUCAGUUACCYCAGAAAAGUCUGAAGAAAAACCYMCAUCAGCAGAGAGUAAAAACACUGRGUCCCCYUCAGCCCAGCCCAGUCCUGUUCCUGCACCGGAGAGGCCCGAGGACCACAACAAUAACAACCAGAGAGGAACAAGCCCCGCCCAGAACUCAGCAGGCCACGCCUCUCCAGCACUUUCUYCCCCGCCUCCACCGCCUAAGGUGAAGAGAAGCAACCUGAAGAAGCCGUCAUCAGAGCGAACCGGACACGGCCUGAGAGUCAAGUUCAACCCUCUGGCUCUGCUGCUGGACGCGUCUCUGGAAGGAGAGUUUGAUCUGGUGCAGAGGAUCAUAUAUGAGGUGAAAAACCCCAGCAUGCCCAACGACGAAGGCAUCACUCCUCUUCAUAACGCUGUCUGCGCCGGUCAUCACCACAUCGUGAAGUUCCUGCUGGACUUUGGAGUUAAUGUAAACGCAGCCGACAGCGACGGAUGGACUCCUCUUCACUGCGCGGCUUCGUGCAACAGCGUCCACCUCUGCAAGAUGCUGGUCGAGUCCGGGGCGGCCAUUUUUGCCACAACGAUCAGCGACGUGGAAACUGCGGCAGACAAAUGCGAGGAAAUGGAGGAAGGUUACACGCAGUGUUCKCAGUUCCUCUACGGCGUUCAGGAAAAGUUGGGCGUGAUGAAUAAAGGUUUGGUCUACGCGCUGUGGGACUACGCCGCCCAGCGGCCCGACGAGCUCUCCUUCAGCGAGGGCGACGCCGUCACCGUGCUGCGUCGCCAUGACGACACCGAGACGGAGUGGUGGUGGGCGAGGCUGAACGACCGCGAGGGAUACGUUCCCAGGAACCUGCUGGGGCUGUAUCCAAGGAUCAAACCCAGACAACGCUCUCUGGCAUGAAGCCCGGAUUGGAACGGUGCAGGAGGAGGAAGAGGAGGAGGAGGAGAGGAAAGGGUGGAGGCCGAGAAACUGUAAAAAAAAAAGAGAGAGGCUACUUUUCAGUUUGUCCGGAUUCAGCAGACAAACAUCUCCACCUGCCCGAAUCUUCAUAAAAACAUUUUAACAGCUCAAAAACUUCACAAGCAGCAUGAGCAGCGCUGCAUAAACUGUCAAAAAAGAAACAUUUUAGAUGUAGCUUCAAGCUUCAGUGAUGUGGGGAAAAAAAGUCGCCUUUACAGUUUUACAGACCAAUAAAUGUUACCUUGUCUUUGUUUGGUUUUCAUUAACAGAAGAAAACUGAAGUUUACCAAUAAGAUCAAGCGAAAGUGAGAAAGAGAAGGGAAAGUGAAGAUGGAGAGAGGAAAGUCGGAGGCACCGGAGAAGUGAAAACACCAAACCGACGUGUGGUUUCUGAGGCCACAAGACUUGGUGUCAGAUCUGAGGAAUAUUACGUCUCUGGUUUCACACCCCGAUAUAUAAAAAAAAAAAAAAAAACAGAAACCCGGGAAUUGUUUCCAGACGACUCAGUUCAAGCUGACGUGUCAACAUGUGUUCACUGCUGGUAAAACAGGAGAAAGGAGCAGAAGAGGAAGUGUGUAUGCAUGUGUGGAGAAAAGGCUUUUAGAUGACGUUCAGACUGAAGAAACCAUAAAACUUUGUUCCCAUUCAGCUAAAAGCUCCGUGUUUAAAAUUUGAAUCUGCUGUUAAUGAGAGCUAAUUAAACUGUUUUCAUUUCCUUAUUAUUAUUUAUAACAAAUGAUUUUCCAUGAUUGUUAUUCUUUUGUUUCUCUGUCAGUGCUGAUGUGACUCACUGCUGCCAUCUAGUGUACAGAUAAGAUAUGAGACAAGUUGUGUUUGAUAUGAGGGCCAGUACACAUUACUCUGUGUAUAUGAAACCUGUAACUAUUAAUGUACAAUGAAAUAAUAAUAAAAGUAUUAUCCUUAAGAGGAA